AUGCCCCAACCUCACGCUUACUGGUGCACCAUCUGCAAUAAAUCCUUUCCAAUUCGACGUGGACUUGCAACCCACAAUUCUCGUCAACAUCGACAGCCAAGACUUGCAGCACCAGAGUCUGUGUUUCGCUAUCAUCCUCACCUCAAUGGUCGACCUUGCGAUGAAGACGGCAACUUCCUCCCUCGCGACGCGCCUCCUCCUGCACGAGAACCAGUCGAGUCUUAUGCGCCGUUCGAGAAUCGAGCCGCGUUCCAGUUCGCGGAGCUCAUCUUCAAGAAGAUGCAGGUAUCGCAGGGUAACAUUAACGAUCUGAUGAGGACUCUAGCAGCAUACAACGUUAGUCAAGGCGGUGGCGACCCACCUUUCGAGAAUGCGGAGCAGCUGUAUGAAACGAUAGAUGCCAUCCAGUAUGGAGACGCGCCGUGGGAAUCAUUUUCUGUUCGCUAUACAGGGCCAAUUGACGAGGAUUCACCUUCUUGGAAGCAGGCCGACUACACCGUCCACUGUCGCAAUGCCCGCCAGGUCGCCCACAACAUGAUCGGAAAUGAAGAGUACGACGGCAAGUUCGACACAACGCCGUACCAGGAGUAUCCGGUACCUGGUGUUACGCGCUUCUCGAACGUCAUGUCGGGGCAGUAUGCGUACAAACAGGCGGUCGCACAAGAUCCGCAAACGCAUGGGUCAAUGCUCGCGCCGGUCCUCCUCGGUGCCGAUAAGACGACCGUCUCAGUCGGUACUGGUCAUCAAGAAUUCCAUCCCUUGUAUAUGUCAAUAGGCAACGUGCAUAAUCCUGUGCGUCGCGCCCACAAGGACGCGAUCAUCCCGAUCGCAUUCUUAGCAAUACCCAAAGCUUCGCGAGGCGAGGUCGAGACUGACGAGUUCCGGACGUUCCGAAAACAGAUAUAUCAUGCAUCUAUUGCACACAUCCUGUCGCCUCUGCGGCCCUACAUGGAGACACACGACGUCGUCCGCUGCCCUGACGGAUACUUCCGACGGGUCAUAUACGAGCUGGGCCCCUUCAUUGCUGACUAUCCGGAGCAGGUUGUUCUGUCGGGCAUAGUCAGUGGGUGGUGCCCGAAAUGUCUUCUACCUCCCGAAGAUCUACACAGAGGCGGGGGAGAUCCUCGCUGCCCGGAACAUACCGAACAUUUGGUCGACAACUUCGACACCGAGACUAUCUGGCGUACAUGGGGCUUCGACGUCAAUCCUUUCACAAUGCAUUUCCCCCGCGCCGACAUACACGAACUUCUCACGCCCGACCUUCUGCAUCAACUGAUCAAAGGUACAUUCAAAGAUCACCUCGUCGAGUGGGUCGAGAAGUACCUCUAUCUUGUCCAUCCGAAGGCGGAAGCUCGCCGCCGAAUGGACGACAUAGAUCGCAGGAUAGCUGCUGCACCGCAAUUUCCUGGUCUUCGACGGUUUCCGGAAGGGAGGAACUUCAAACAGUGGACGGGAAAUGAUUCAAAGGCUCUAAUGAAGGUUUACCUCCCCGCAAUUGAAGGGCACGUGCCAGACGGCAUUGUGCGCUGCUUCGCUGCAUACCUCGACUUUUGCUACUUGGCGCGGCGAUCCGCUCAUGAUGACAACUCACUCGCAGCGAUGGAGGAUGCGCUCAAUCGUUUCCACAGACACCGCGCUAUCUUCGAGGACAUUGGUAUCCGCCCUGAGGGCUUUUCACUCCCACGACAACACGCUCUCGUUCAUUACAUCACGGGCAUACGACUUUUCGGUUCUCCAAACGGCGUCUGCUCGUCGAUCACGGAAUCGAAACAUAUCCGCGCCGUCAAGAAGCCGUGGCGAAGCUCCAGCAAGAACAAUCCAUUACCGGAAAUGCUCCGAACUAAUCAGCGCCUUGACAAGCUCGGCGCGGCGCGCUCAUACUUCACGAGUCACCAUAUGCUCGACGGUGAUGUUCUUGCGGACGCGAUGAACCUCGGACCACUCAUCACCGAAGCCGAGUUCGUUGAGGACGAGCUUGACGAGCCAGAAGACGAGGUCAUGGACGAGAAUGGGUACGAUGGACAGGGCGUGGUCGAGCUUCCGAAGCGACAAGCCCUGAUCCGCCGAUUCCUUUUUGACCAGCUCAUCGCGACCGACGAGAUCGACUCAAGCAUGGUCGAUGUAGCGCAAUGCCCGCAGUUUCUCGGCAAGAUUGCUGUCUACCGGUCAGCGAUCGCGAAGUUCUAUGCACCGAGCGAACUCUCCGGCGAUGGUGGCAUGCAUCGGGAGCUCAUACGUGCCAACCCGUCUUGGCGCGGCCAUCCUCGCUUCGAUACAGUCCUCAUCAAUGUUGACGAAGCCGAACCUGGCAUGAAAGGAAUGGAGGUUGGUCGGGUUAUGGGCCUUAUGAUACUAACUCAUGCUGGUAUCCCCUACCCGUGUGCUUUGAUAGAUUGGUUCGAGAAAGUAUCCGACGAUCCUAGCGAAGUGACCAGUAUGUAUGUUGUUCAGCCCGAGGUAGAUGCAGAUGAUGGACAACAAGCCUCGUCUAUAGUACAUCUAGAUAGUAUUUUUCGUGCAGUUCAUCUUACUCCGGUGUAUGGGGACACCUCGAUGCCCAUCAAUUUUCAUUUUUCGUAUACUCUUGAUGCUUUCGAGUCCUUCUAUGUUAAUAAGUACGGAGAUUAUCAUUCCCAUGAAUGUAUCUACUAG